CGCAUGUCAACGCGCGGCCCUAGCUUUGAAUUUGGCUCUGAGCGCAGUGCGCAUGCGCAGUGCGCGGCGUGCUGUGCUGUUGCACGGCGCAGCUGUUUGGGGUUUGAAAUUCCAACAUGGCAGAGGCAGUGGUCAGUCUCUUCCCCUUCACUAACUUGGAAUGGUUUCAGAUCGCCAGCGCCCGCGCGUAGCCCGAGCCGCCGUCCGUCCGCGAGCCCAUCGGAUCGAUGUGGCUCUGACCUCCGCCGUUCCCCUGUUACACACGCAGGCUUAAAGAUGCAGUGGACCCCAGAGCAUGCGCAGUGGGCAGAGCAGCACUUCGACAUCUCAUCCACGACCCGCUCCCCAGCGCACAAAGCCGAGGCAUAUCGCGGGCAUCUUCAGAGAACCUACCAGUAUGCCUGGGCCAAUGACGACAUCUCCGCCCUCACCGCCUCCAACCUCCUAAAGAAAUAUGCUGAGAAGUACUCUGGGAUCUUGGAAGGUCCCAGUGAGAGAGCACUGCUGUGUUCAUAUUCAGAGAGUGUCCCAGGACUCCUGAAUGGACGCAAAUCUGAAAGUGAAGUAUGGCAAGAGGGCAUUUACCCCAUGAACUGCACCGCAGAUGUGAUAUCUGCAAGCAAGGCUGUAGUGCCAGCUGCUUUGCCGACAGCAGACAGUGGCGCCAGCAUUGGCAGCUCGUCAGGCGUAGCAAGCAGUUUGAGUGAACCCAGCUACUCCAGUAGCAGUUGUGGGAGCCACACGCCUGGUGCCCUGCACUCGGGGAUCCCUUCUCAGGAGUUUGCGACUGGCUACAAUGGCACUUAUUUGCAUUCCACCUAUAGUGGUGGGCAAAGCACCCCAGCUCUACCCUCCCCACAUCCCUCACCUUUGCACAGCAGUGGGCUCCUUCAGCCUCCUCCACCCCCUCCUCCUCCUCCAACACUGGUGCCUAGCUAUAAUGCAGGUUCGCCUAACCUCUCUAGUUACAACUACCCUCCUACAGGAUAUCACCCCCAGGCAUCUGUUGCUCCAGGCUACAGCCCUGGAGGAGCCCCCCCUCCUUCAGCCUACUUGCCCUCAGGCAUUGCAGCUCCAACUCCACUCCCCCCCUCCACCAUUCCCGGCUAUUCUUAUCAGUCCCACAACCAUGCACCUAUUGCACCAACACCUUUGAACGGCAGCUCAGCCAACUCACUGAAAAGAAAAGCUUUCUACAUGACAGGACAAGGAGACAUGGACUCCAGUUAUGGAAAUUUCAGUUACAACCAACAGCGCUCAACUCAGAGUCCUAUGUACAGAAUGCCAGAUAGCAAUCUUGCUGACUCAAGCAGAGGGAAUGGAUUUGACAGAAAUGCUGACACCUCGUCUUUGCCAUUUAAGCCUACAAAGCAGCCAAUGUCCUCGGAUCAACAGCGUAAAUUUAGCAGUCAGUCUGGCAGAGCCAUCACCCCACCAUCUUAUGGAUCUUCUAAAGGUUCCAUGGGGUCGGUGAGAUCAAGUGAGUCUUUUGGGAAGUUUAGUUCACCUGUUAUGAAUGAGCACAAUGAGGAGCACAGGCAGCACUUGCCACAUUCCAUUGGCACAGUUCCCUCAAGUGGCCACCCAGCCGAGGAGCAGCUGAAAAAUAGUGACUCGAGUCUGGUGGAGAUGGUCACAACUGAGGUUCUCCAGCAGAUGCCCCCUGUGGACUGGAGUGACAUUGUAGGCCUGGAGCUAGUCAAAGCUACCAUUAAAGAGGAGGUUUUGUGGCCCAUUUUGAGGCCAGAUAUGUUCAGUGGCCUGGCACCAUUACCACGCAGCAUCCUUUUCUUUGGACCUCAGGGCACUGGGAGGACAUUGCUGGCACGCUGUGUGGCCAGCCAGCUGGGUGCUGCAUUCCUCCAGCUCAGCGGAUCAGCACUAGUUAGUAAGUGGCUGGGGGAGGGUGAGAAGGUGGUGCAGGCCUCAUUCCUUGUAGCUCGCUGCCGGCAACCUUCAGUAAUAUUUGUCAGUGAUGUAGAUCUCUUACUGUCACCACAGCUAAGUGAGGAAAGCCCAGUGAAUCGUAUUAAGAGUGAACUUCUGCAACAACUUGAUGGAGUGCUCAGCUCAACAGAGGACCAUGUUUUGGUCAUCUGCUCUACUAGUAAGCCUGAGGAAAUAGAUGAAGCCCUGCGUAGGUACUUUGUUAAGAGGUUGCUCAUCCCAGUCCCAGACACCUCAGCACGACACCAGCUCAUCAGUCAGGUGCUCUCUCAGCACAAUUACUGCCUCAGUGACAAAGAGGUGGCACUGCUUGUCCAGCGGACAGAAGGAUUCUCUGGGUUGGACCUGGUUCGCCUUUGCCAGGAAGCCAUUGUCGGACCCUUGCACAGCAUGCCUGGCACAGAACUGUCCGGAAUCAUACCAGGACAGAUGAGGUCGCUAUCUUACCAGGACUUUGAAAAUGUCUUUUGCAAAAUUCAACCCAGCAUAUCACAGAAAGAACUGGACACAUACACUGAGUGGAACAAAAUGUUUGGUUGUAGUCAGUGAAAUGGGAGCUUAAGGGGGGCUAUAUAGGGUGACUUCUACUUCUGUAAGGAGAGAAUACAAUUCAGAAUUCUUUGGGUGAAAUAUACAAUAUUGAAGGGUGGGUAUUAGUGAUGACCCAUAAUUAACAUAAUGGAAUGACGCUCUGAAAGACCUGAAUGAUGCAUAGCUAUGCUUAAGUCCAUAUAAGGCCCUUUGCACAUAGUCUAACAGAAAGUCUACCAUUUUGCUCAACAAUGCUGAAGCUGAGCGUCACUUGUUGAAGUGCACUGUCACUAAAUUAACCACAAAGACAAACUCCAUUGUGUGUAAAUAUCAUUCUGCUGUUUUUGAGAUUCUGUUGCUAUAAAGUGCCUAAAAUGGUGCUUUAUUAUUUUGUAUUUUGUUUGGUUUGCCUCACAAUCUACAUUGGUGGCAUGUGCUAAUAUAAAAAGCUUUAACCUGAGACUAAAAACAACAAAACAACAGUAUUCCUCAACUGAGUCUGCUCUGUAGGCCGUUUGUUCUUGUGGCAUUUAUAAUCUGGACCCUAAUUUAUGGAUUUUUUUGUUGCUUUAAAAAAAAAACCUCAGGAAAGUGAUUGUGAUUUGUACAGUACCUCAAAAGAUUGUGUCAAAGCACUCAAUAUUGGGUUUGGAUUUUGAUUUGCAUCAAGCUUAAAGUCUCACCUCAACUGAUUAAAAACAUGACAAGAUAUGACUAUGAAUGUAACCAGAUAGUUUCUGGACUGUUUGGGGGGAAAACGUGUUAAUUUUUCUUUUUUUUUCUUUUGUCAAAUAUUGAAGUUAAAAUUAAAUAUUAUUUCCAUUGUGAUUCGCUUGAAACAGGAGGAAGAACAAUGAAGAAUUCUGAAUUGUGGCAGUCUUAAGUACAGCACCCUUUCCUCAUGCAUAGCACAGUACUGACUCUAUAGUGCUUAUGUAAUCAAAGGUUAUUUAAAGCCUUAGCUCAAAAGAGAAGUUGCAGGGGACCACACUAUUUGUGUUUUGUGAAAUUGAUGUUCAUGUAUCUGAUCAAUGAAGAGAAAGGACAGACUCAUUGAAGGUGAACCAAAACUUUUUCAAAGAUCACCACAUAUUAUAUUUAGGGGACAAAACACUUUGGUUAUUUGUAAUUAUUGUUUUUAAACCUGUUCUGCUGCUGUGUGUCAUUUCUGUAACAAUCCUGAAGGAUCAUGUGUAACCUGUGUUCUUUUCUACCUCAGUUCAUCACUGUUUUCUUUCAAAGCAAAAAUUAAAGAGGUUAGCUUGAAGUCCUUAA